AUGUAGGUUGUUAAUGUGUCUAAUAAACAAAUAAAGAACUUUAACUUAGAAACCAUUGUAUUGAAUAUGUUAUUAUGAAUUAGAAUGCUGUCUAUGAUACACAUCUAAAUUAUGCAAAAACUAGAUCAAUAAAUUGUAGUCAUAAUUUUUUAGGAUCAACAGAUGGAUUCUCAUAAUUUCAAUGUCUGUACAAUUUGGAUUUAAGUCAUAAUCGGAUAAAUUAGUUCUUCCAAUUGGGUUAAUCUUUGGUGGAAUUAAAUUUGGCUCACAAUUUAUUGGGAAGUGUGUUUGAUGAUUUUUAGAAAUCUUUAAAAUCACAAGGUACACGUUUAUAUGUAGGUUCAUUUUUGUGCAAUUUAAAGAACUUAAGAAUAAUAGAUUUAAGUUAUAAUAGUAUAUCAUAAAUAAGUUCAAAUAUAUUUGAUAAUAAUACCUAACUUCGUAAAAUAAACUUGAGUAACAAUCAAUUAUCUUGUGCAUUAUGGUGUUUUACUAAACUAGAAAAUUUGGAGAUGUAAAAUAAUAAUAUUUAUUAAUAAUAGAAUUGAUGUUGGACAUAAUUAAUUAAAUUUAAAUGAUUUGAAACCUUUAGAGAAACUUAGAUUGGAGAGUUUGAAUCUUAGAUUUAAUCCUUUAGAGAAUGUAGAUAAAUGCGAAGAGAAACUGAUAAAAUAUUUACUUAAUACUAGAAAGAUAGAAUUAUCAUAUACAUAAUUAGAAUAAUCAAUAAUGAUGAAUUCUAAAUAGAGUUCCAAGUUGGAUCAUAGUAUAAAUAGCAAUGAUUCUAUGUAAUAAUAAACAACAGAUAGAUCAACUAUCAGUCGUUUAAGUAAAGUAAGUAAUAGACUUGCUAGACCUAAAACACCUCAAAAUAUCAAGAAUGAAAAUUAUUAAAUAAACAGAACUCCUGUGAAAGUUUAAAAUGUUUAAGAAAUAAAGAAGUUGAAAGGGGAAUUAAAAAAGAAUAUAAGUAUUACUCCUAAAAAACAUAAUGAUAAUAAAACUCCUAAGUAAUAACGAUAACCUUGUAUUAAGACUGUGGAUUAACAUGAUGAAUAGAUUAAAUAAAGAGAUUCAUAUUAAUAAUAGAAAUCAACAUCUAAAAUACCUGCUUUGAAUUUAUAACUUUUAAAAGUUACUCCAUUUUAAUUAAGUGAAGUUAAUUCUGAAAGAGAUGAUUUUCCAAUGUUAUUUGAGGAAGAAGAUGAAAAGUAAUUACUUGAAGAAUUGAGUGUAUUAGGUGAAACUAUUAAAUAAAAGAAAUAACAUGAAGUUAGUAUUGAAAGAUAAAUUACAAUGAAUAAAAAUAUGAUCUCUUUGAUGAAGAUUAUGAUCAAAGGAAGUAUAUUUAUUUCUUAUAUUUUAAGUUUAUCUUUACAAUGUAAAUGAGUAUAAUUAAGGAUUUGAUGAUGUUAUGAAUGAAUUACAUAAAGAAUUGCAAACCAAUAAUCCAUAAUUCAAAGAUAUCAAACUCAAACUCAUGAGAUUCAACAAAGAACAUUCAGAAUUAAAUAAAAUGUAUUCAAGUUUAGAAUAAUCCGAGAGAAUAGUUGAUAA